CUGAAAACACUCGUUUGGAUAGAGGUAGUCUGUCUACCUCUAUUCCUUUUGAUAGCUUCAGCACGUUCACGUUAGCUUAGCUUGCAGGACUUUGCAGCUUUUUGUUAACCUGGAUGUCAUCUUGUCAUGGCGAUACAACUUUAUGUUGUUUUCACACUGGUUGCAGCUUCUAUUCACGACUGCGAUGGGGUCCUGCGCUUCGCCUCCUACUAUAGAGACCACAUGGUGCUGCAGAAGUCUCCAGAGAGAGCUGUAGUGUGGGGCUAUGGACCCGAGGGUGAACAGGUGAAAUUCACCUUGUCAGGACAAAACCUACAGAGCAUCUCACAGGCUACAGUGACAAACGGUAUCUGGCGAGUCAGCCUAGACCCUGUUGAGGCUGGUGGUCCCUACAAUGUGACAGCGGGGGUGCAGAACAGCACAGCCGUUCUGACAGAUGUGCUGUUUGGAGAUGUUUGGCUGUGUGGAGGCCAGAGCAACAUGUUCUUGAAUUUAUAUCAGAUUUUCAAUGCAUCAGAGGAGUUGAAGCGCGCAGCACACUAUCCUCAUGUGAGGACUUUUAUGGCAUCCCUGGUCCAGAGUGAAACUGAGCAAACUGAUUUUAUUCAUGUCCAAAUUCCCUGGUCUGUGCCACCAGCAUAUCUAGCAGGUUUCUCUGCAGUGUGCUGGCUCUUUGGCCGUGAUUUGUAUGAGAAGCUGCAGUACCCCAUAGGACUGGUGGAGUCCUGUUGGGGUGGCACCACUGUCGAAGCAUGGUCCUCUCCAAGAGCACUUCAGCAGUGCGGACUACUACAGCAGCCUGAUGACGGACCCAAAGUUAAUUCUGUCUCGUGGAAUGCAAUGAUCCACCCGCUGCUCAACAUGACCAUCAAAGGAGCCAUCUGGUACCAAGGUGAGGAUAACACAAUAUAUCAUCAAGAGAUGUACAACUGCUCCUUCCCGGCUAUGAUUGAUGACUGGAGGAUGGCAUUUCACCAGGGCUCAGGCGGGCAGACGGCUCUCGAUUUCCCCUUUGGAUUUGUCCAGCUGUCUACCUCAAAAAAAAACUCAACUAGUGACGCCUUUCCGAAUAUCCGCUGGCACCAGACAGCAGAUAUCGGCUUUGUCCCAAAUCCCCGCAUGCAGAAAACGUUCAUGGCUGUGGCAAUGGAUUUACCAGAUGAAAAAUCUCCCUAUGGCCCAAUCCAUCCCAGAGACAAGCAGGACGUGGCCUUCAGACUGUCAUUGGGAGCAAGGGCAGUGGCGUAUGGUGAGCACGACGUGCCCUUUCGUGGACCUUUCCCCAGCAAAAUCCUGUCCACUACAAAGUAUCUCGAGAUAACCUAUGACCAGGAAGUUUCUGUCGCUCCGUCUGAAAACAUCUUUGAGAUCUGCUGCUCAGAGAGUCAAACUCCAUGUGGUCCGAAGUCUCGUUGGGUUCCAGCUCCCAUCAUGCAGUGGGGUCCGACCACUGUCCAGUUAUCUACCACUUUGUGUUCGCCCAAUGAAGAGGUCGCUGCUCUGCGGUAUGCAUGGAGAGACUGGCCCUGUGACUUUAAGGCCUGUCCAAUCUACAGUGCCAGUCAGAUUUUACCGGCUCCUCCUUUUAUUGCCAACCGUCCUCCAGCCAAAGGAAUCAAUGAACUGUAAGAAGACCAAAUAAUGAAAAGUGUGCAUUUGUUUAAGUCAACAGCUGAUCACCCAUUGAAUUGCAAGAAGAAUAAUGCUGCUAUUUUAUGUCUUAGUUGGAAAGCUUGGCAGUUCUACCUGUCAGCAUGGUGGAAUCCUCUUAAUACGUCUUAUUUUAUUUUAAAACAUUCAUAAUAGAGAUAUUUCUGAAUUCGAAAUACUGAAGAUUAGUAAGUUUGUAGCAGUUUGGUAUGUUUAAAUGUGGUUAUGGUUUCUAUCCUGUUUACAAUCUGUGCUGUUACAACAAGAAAUUGCUGGAGUGUAUAUAUAAAAAAUUGCCAAUAUUUUAUUUGAACAAAACUCUGUAAAAAAUGUUUGCAUCAAUAAAUGUCAAAUGAUAAG